AUGUCAUCCAAACGCAGCGGCGGUAGCAGUCACAAGUCGAGUAGUGGAAGUAGCAGUUCCAACCAUGUCGUGACGGCCAGCCCGAAUUCGACACGCGGUGUUUCACUGUCUUUGCCGCUAUUGGAGGGUCUGAGCCAGCGUCCAGAGACGGCCCAUUGUUUGGUUCAAACUGCCCUGAAGAGACUGCAGGCUGCACAAAAGAUUGCUCAUUGGGUCUCUUCCAAAUGGAGGGCCAAGAAAUCGCAACAGAUCACCGCCGCGAGUCCGUGUGUGAUUCCCUACCAACAAAACUUGCCAUCCCAUCAGCACUGGCUCUGGGAUGCAAUGCGAUCCGUUUCACGAACAGAACGUCAUGUCGCAGCACGCUUGUUGCUUCAGGGAGGAUGUCCCUGCUCUACUUGUCGAACUGCGGCAGCGGCUACUUCUUCUGCUGCUGUUGGAAUUGUCGGCAGUGCUGGUGGUGUCAGCAAAGGGGAUGAUGAACACGCUCAAUGGCGACUGCAGCAGGUCUUGAUUUCACUCUGGAAUAAACACAUCCUUCCUACCACUCUCGCACCAAGAGUGGAACCCAUGAAAGACACGACACUAGCGACCUUGCCAGCUAAUAUUCCCAUGGAAUGGAUGGCUCUAUUGAAGCAUAUCGUGCUAGGGAAAAUGGUCACUGAGGAACGAAUUAUGGCCUUUUGUUUUGGAGGAAUUCCAUGGAUUACCCAAUCAAUUUGGCAACUAGUUACUGCCCUGAGCAACUCGAAAGAAGGAGCGUCUGCUCCUCUUCAGCUACAAGCUUUGAUCGGACUGGUCGAGCUGUGCUACUCGGUAUUGCUUGUGGUGUUUAUUGAACCAGAGACUACCACCUCCUCCAGUCGAACCGCGACCACAGCAUCCACAGAGAAUCCCCCUCAAGCAUCUACGAGCACCAGUACUAAUUCAUCUGCGAGUACCAAUGCAAUUUCUGCUGCUUCUAGUAGUAACCCCCGAAGACCCAGGCUUGGCCGUCUCGCUUCUUCGAGUAGCCGCGGCGGUUCGACUACUGCAAACGCGGCAACCAACUCGAACCGGACGGCAACCGCCGAGACUGGGGAUAAUUCCAUUGAUAAUUCGACAAAUUCUGAUGCUGUCGCCAAGCGAUUGACUCUACGUCGUCGAGUUUUGCAGCGUUUGUUUUGGAAGAAUUUUGACACUGCCGCUGUUGGGCCAAAUCAAUCCGCCAAGCACGUACACCUAUAUCAUCUGGUAAACAACGCAUUCCCUCUGUCACCCCUCGCCUGCUUGAUUGGCGCCUUUCAUAUUUGGAAAGCCAACAGUGACUGGCCAUAUCCAGGUCCGACUGCAGAUGCCUGUUUGACCAUGUUGCGUCAAUUGGUAGAUCCCAGCACUACCGCCAAGGCAGUCAGUUUGGCUGGUUUGACGGCUCCGAUCAGCUCCAACACUGGCACAACCACCGCCAACACAAGGCCCAGGGAGGCACCCAAUUCCGCUUCCAGUAGUAGUCGCCAGAGACGUCGAAAGCGACAACGGUCGACGUCUUCGGCUUCUUCGUCGCAACCGCCUGUGCCUCAGCAAAGGCAACCGCCCCAACCACCUUCUUCGUCAGGAGUAGCGACAACCUUUUUGUUUCGAUCCAGUGCAAUUGGAUCGUCUGCUGCAGGCGUGAACAGCAGCAACGGAAACAACAAUGCAGCCUCGAGCAGCAGUGCCAGGUUGGCGGCAGUUCUAGGAUCGGCACGAGGCAAUCUCCUCAGUGCUUCCGAUGACGAGGACGUGGAAAUGGACCAAGACCACGAUGACGACUCGGAGGAUUCUUCCGAGGAGGUUGAAGAGCAAGAGGAGGAGGAUGAAGACGAAGGCGAGGAAAACAAUAAUGACGAAGAGGAGGAUGAAGAAUUGGACCAAGCAGAGGAAAGCCUCCUUCACGAGGACGUUGCGAGGUUGGAAGAAGGAUUGCUGUCACUCAAUGAUGCCGCCGGACCAAUGGAAAUCGACCUCGAAGACAUUGUGGGAGAAGAUGGCGGAAGCAGCGGGCUCAUGGCAGCAACUACUGCAGCUCGCAAUCGCCUGCGCAGUGCUGUGUCUGGCGCCUCGUCGGGUGCUUCUCUAGGUGGACCCAACAGCAACACCUCCGGAGCUGCAAAGGCGGCAACGGUGGAUGCUCAAGAGUUGACCGAACGCAAAAAGUUGUGUCUGAAGGCUUGCAUGGAAGUCCUGGCUGUCCAGCAUCCACCUCUGCUUCCUUUCCCGGGAGCUCAGAGCAACGCCAACAAAACUGUUGGGUCGUCGCGGGCUACUUCACCAGUCCCAAAUUUCCGAUCGGGUCGCAGCGGUUUGUUUUCCCCUUCUGGCGGCGCACCGUCGGGCCAGUCUCCAGCAACUGCAUCAUCAAAGUGUUGUUUCAGUCUGGCCGCAGAGCGUUCUCUCCUCGAGUCAGCAAUGGGCAUCGUUCGACCCCCCAAAAAGCCAGUGAACACCAAAAUGAUAAUGAGAAGGGCACCGACUCAAGAAGAAUUUUUUCGCGGAUCUCUUUCUCGAAACCCCAUCUCGCUCUCUAUGCUGAAGCCAACCAGUGGAUCGGGACCUUCGAAUUCUGGUGAUGUGUAUGAACCCACAGUGCGCGACCUAAGACAACAUAUUGCCGAUGACUUACAAAUGUCAGAUAGUGCCGAGCUAUUGGAGCUGCUGGUUGCAAACAAAAUUCUCGAUGUCAACCUCAAGUUGCGGGUGGUGCAUCAAGUAUUGUGGAAAAACCAUCUGAUGGAACACAGUCAUUCUGCUCCAGCGUCCUCUUCCAGUUCUGCAUUGGCGUCGCUCUUGGCAGGCGGUGGUGCAGGAGCACCUUCCUUUUUCUCCACUGGUUCUGGACUUUCUAUGAUGUUCAGCUCGGGGCUUGGUGGAAUUUCUGUUGGCGGUGGCCGAGGAGGUGCGGGCGUUUUGAGCCGUGCCGCGGGAGGCUCCCAAGUUACAGCAGAUACACCUUUGUCUGCGUUACCUCCAUUGGUCGUUACGUAUAGGCUCGCGGGGGUGGACGGAGAGGCGACGGAGGAUACCGUGAGCACACUAGUGGAUCCAGAAGCGCCUUCAGAUGCAAUGUCGCCGGAAGAGGUUGAAGCUCUCAUGGAAAAGGAAUAUGGCAUCACGCGUAUUGUUACCGAAGGCCGAGGCGUGUAUGUUUUGCUUAGAUCCAUUGAGCAUCACAUUCAAGAAGUAUUGCGCUGUAUUCGCCGAGAUGAUAUUAGCGUUAUGCUCGAAUACGGCACAGACAAGAAUCCAUGCGCCGUCGGCAAGAACAAGUCACGCGACAAGUUCAAGAAGCAGGCACCUUUUCCCGGUUUGACUUUGUUGCGGUGUUGUGCGAAAUUGCCUAGCAAUCGAAAGAAGCUUCUGCAGGCCCGUGCACCCACCAUUUUGUUGAGGCUUUUGUUGGAUGUUCUCAAUGCGCUGGAAGAUCCAACCGCAAAGGCUGUCGCAUUCGAUGCUGGUGCGCUAGAUUCGAACGACUCUGGUAGCAACGAAACGGCUGAGGUCUUGCAAGAGCUUAUUGAGGCCCUUGCUUCUGAUAUAUCAACAACGGCCGUUGCUGCUACAACUACCAAUACGGUGGAUGAAACCAAAACCGACGACACCAGCAGCACAACAGAUUCGGCUGCAGCGGCAGCAGAAGGGCAAGACCAUGAUGCGACGACUCUUUCGCUAGUGCUGUCCUCCCUGGAGACGAUUUCGUUGUCACCUCCUCUGAGAAACAUCAUCGCAAAGCUUUUGCCAUUCUUGACGUACGGGCAAGUCGACCUGUCGCGGGAGCUGGCGCAGAACUUUGCCCGCCGCAUUGACGUGAAUCUGCUCACUGAUGAGGAUAGAGAUGAGCAGGUGGAUGGUGGCUCGAGUGACCAGGAGAAUUCUGGAGGAGUUGCUUCAGCCGAGAGAGGCGACUCGACAAAGAGCUCUGUUCUAAUGGAUGCCUUUGUUGAGGCAUCCAUCUCCCUACCACCCAAUGAAGUAUGUUGCUCCUUGCGAUCGGAGCUUAUCAACUGUGGCUUUAUUCAUCGCCUGGCAUCCUUCAUCACAAAAGGCGUCCCUCUGUCGCCGCCACCUUGGUCUGUAGGGCUCCUCCCGCGGGAUGAUCCGCUGAAGAAUAAUCCUGGCGAGAAACAAAGAAUUAUUGCCGCUUGGCGAGAGUUUUUCCGUCGUCAAGGAAUCAAGAAGGCUUUCAGCAUGCUCAUCGGGCUCUGCAAGGAUCACGCACCCACAAAAGCGUUUGUAAGUCAAAUUGGCGACGAUAGCGACAAGCUCUCUUCUGGAGGAGUUUCGUUUUUGCAAGCUUGUCAUUGGAUGGAAGCCACUUCUGAUAACUCUUCCAAUAGAGUCCAUGUCAGGGGGGUUGGUCUUCUUGCAGAGACUCUCCUUGACGAAUUGGCAGAGAAUGACCUCGUGGCCAAGAAAGUCAACGCCCUUCGCCGCGCAACACGACAGCGAAAGAAGGAAAUCGCUCAGGCACGAAGAAAUAAGGCCCUGAAAGGCAUGGGGUCGCUUGGCCCACUCGCUAGUACUGCGGCUACUGAUGCCAACCAAAAACGUGAUGCUGCAGUCGACGCACCCAGUUCAAGGUCGCCGUCUGGUGGGAGUGUUCGAGAGACUGCUGCUUCGUUCCUGGCCCCUGUUCUUGGUUUCUUUGGUUCUGGGAACGCAAUCGAUGCCGCCAGUAGAAGCGGCACAGGUGGUGGCGCGCCUGCGGCAUCUCGAAGCAGCCCUCGGAACAACCGCAAACGUACCGCCCAACAACCACCAGAGGCUUCGAAACAACCAGAGGCGAAGAAACCUGCCUGGAUGGCGGAGAUGGAGAAUCUAGUUGAUGAAGAAGGUUUGGUGUGCUCCGUCUGUCAAGAGGGUAGAAUGCUACAGCCUUCGGAGCUUCUAGGCCUUUAUGCCUAUGUGAAGAAAGUGUCGAUUGGUGCGGAUCAGUGCGGGUCCAGAGACAACAUCGAUGGCAGCACAUUGCUUAGAACCCUUCCAAACAGUCUGCCAGAGUCUCUCGUUGGUACCCACUGCGCGGAACAGUGGUUUUAUCCUUUGCGCACGGGAGCAGAUCUGAGGGAGCGUUCUGCAUUCUCUCUUGGAUCCAGCGUCAGCAGCAGGCGAAACUCCUACUACACGACAACAGUUUCAGCUGGAAAUGCAAUCCACUUCAGCUGCCACCAGCGUGCACGUCAGGCUGAUCGCAACCACCCCAAAGCACCCAAGUCUGAAUGGGAGGGCGCCAUUUUGCGAAAUUCGCGUGUCAACUGCAACGUAAUUUUGCCCUUGGUGUCUUCCAGAAGCUCGGACGUGCCACUUGUGGCUGUUGACUCUGCAUUGACAGAGUAUCAGACUGCUGUCAACAAUUUGACCGGCAGUGCACCCAAGUCCAUGCUCUGGACUGUACUACACGAUGUCCGGUUUCUUCUCCUGCGUAUGGCACAUGGAGAAAUGCUUGGUGCUGACUGUGGCGGCGGCUCGCUUUCGUCCAAUGCCCAGCUUCUGAUCCAUCAAUUGAUUAUUGCGGAUACCUUUUCAAACCAGGAAAAAGUUGAAACACCAGAAAAUUCUGAGCAUGUGAGGAACCUCUCUGCUGGCUUUUUGGCGGCCUGCUCGAUUGUGCAUGCACCAGACUACAAGAAGAGCGGGACUUCGGCUUCAUCUCUUUUGGUUCGUGGGCUUGCCGAUAGUGCACCAAUGGCAGGUCUGACAUGCAUCGUAACACACAACACCCGAGACGACUUUGGUGGUGCCGAAUCUUCGUCCGACUCGAAGCCACAUCCGAAGCGUCGAUGGGUCACCGGACGCGAUAUGUUUUUGCGGGGUCUCAUUAUUUGCGCUGGACGUCGUCACGCCCUUGGCAUUGAAACUAGUGGAUGCGUAUCGGGUCGCGGUGGGACCAGCAGUGGCCAAUCGAGGGCGGGCACCACGGCGUUCCCCGACUGGAGUUCUUCCAGCCAAAGCGAAAGUCGAACCACGGCCUCUGCUACAUCGUCAUCAUCUCAUGGAGGUGGCCGGAAAGCCAAGAAACGAAGCCUCAAGCCCGAUUUAGAUGAUUUUGGGACGAGUCUUCGACCAAUGAUCUGCUUCUUUGCUAUUUUGGAUCAAUUGUCAGAAUGCUUCAUCUUGAACCCCAAGGACACUGAAAUUGAAGAGAGUGCUGACAAGAUUGUCAAGAUCCUCGGCCAGUGUCAGAAGGCAAAAGGGAUCCGGGAGCUGUUGGAGAUUUGCAAGGCGUCCCAUCUGGAUGAGGAAGAAAUCCUAGAAGACUUCCAGCGCGGUCUUAUUAGCGCUUAA